AAACUUAAGUUAUGUUACAAGAUAAUACUACACACAUACAUUUUCUCUCUCACGUUAAUACAUUUUCACUACCCUCUUUGUUUCUCAAACCUUGUGUUGUGUGUUAGAAAAGGCGAAAAUUAUAUAGAAUAACAAUUAUUUAAUUUUUGAUCCAAACUGUUGUUAUUUUCUUCAAACCAGUGGUUAGAUCUGCAAAGAAUUUCCUCAGAAAAUCUGAGGAAAAACAGAUGCUAUGAAGCGAUUCAGGGAUGAUGUUUGUGCUAAUCCUCAAUUUAAACGCCCAUUUGGUUCUUCGCGUGGAGAAUCAUACGGCCAAUCACAGCUUCCUGGAAGUGGCGCUGGUGGAGGAGGCAGUGGCAGCGGAGGCGGCGGCGGCGGCACCGGUGAAGGGGGUGCUGGUGCCAGUGUUAGUACCCAAAAGUUGACAACUAAUGAUGCAUUAUCUUAUUUGAAGGAAGUUAAGGACAUGUUUCAAGACCAAAGGGAGAAAUAUGACUUGUUCCUUGAUGUUAUGAAAGACUUUAAGGCUCAAAGAAUUGACACUGCGGGUGUCAUAGCAAGAGUCAAAGACUUGUUUAAAGGCCAUCCAAAUUUGAUCCUUGGCUUCAAUACUUUCUUGCCCAAGGGCUUUGAGAUAACCCUCACUGAUGAAGAGCAGGCUCCUCAAAAGAAAACAGUUGAGUUUGAAGAAGCAAUCAGCUUUGUGAACAAAAUAAAGAAACGUUUCCAAAAUGAUGAUCAUGUGUACAAGUCUUUCCUCGACAUUUUGAACAUGUAUAGGAAGGAACACAAGGGCAUCACUGAGGUGUACCAGGAGGUUGCAGCUCUUUUCGAAGACCACCCAGAUUUGCUGGAUGAGUUCACGAGAUUCUUGCCAGAUACUUCAGGUACUGCAUCAGCAACACAAACGUCGUUUGGCCGCCCUUCCUUCAAUCGUUAUGAUGAGAGGAGCUCUGCUAUUCCCUUGCUUCGGCAACCACACAUGGACAAACAACGUUUCCGCCGGGAUAGGAUUAUCAGUUCUCAUGCAGAACGUGAUCCUAGUGUUGAGCGCCCUGAGAUGGAUGAUGAUAAAACAAUGGUGAAGUUGCAUAAAGAGCAAAAGAGGCGUGCUGAAAAAGAGAACAGGGACCGCAGAAGUCGCGAUCAGGAUUACAGAGAACCUGAUAAUGAGAAUAAUGGAGAUUUAGGCAUGCACCGCAUUGCUGAUAAAAGGAAAUCUGGUCGGAAGGUUGAAGAAUUUGGAGGCACUUACGAUGAUAAAGAUGGUGUGAAAAAUAUUUAUAGCCAAGAGUUCACUUUCUGUGAAAGAGUAAAGGAGAGACUACGCAGUCCAACUGAUUACCAGGCAUUCUUAAAGUGCCUCCAUAUUUAUAGUACAGAAAUAAUUACAAGAAAGGAGUUACAAAGUUUGGUUGCUGAUUUACUAGGAAAAUUCCCUGAUCUUAUGGAGGGGUUCAAUGAAUUUUUGGAGCGCUGUGAACGAAUUGAUGGAUUUCUCGCAGGUGUUAUGAGCAAAAAAUCUUUGUGGAAUGAAGGGCAUACAUCAAAGUCAGUGAAGGAGGAGGAGAAAGACAAAGAACAGAAGCGUGAAAUUGAUGGUAAAGAAAAGGACCGGUACAAGGAGAAAUACUGGGGAAAGUCCAUUCAAGAGCUUGACCUUUCAAACUGUCAGAGCUGCACACCCAGUUAUCGACUUCUUCCUGAAGAUUAUCCGAUACCUACAGCGAGCCAAAGGUCAGAGCUUGGGGCUCAAGUAUUGAAUGAUCACUGGGUAUCUGUGACCUCAGGAAGUGAGGACUACUCAUUCAAGCACAUGCGUAGAAACCAGUAUGAAGAAAGCCUGUUUCGAUGCGAAGAUGAUAGGUUUGAGCUAGACAUGCUUUUGGAGUCAGUGAGUUCAACCACUAAGCGUGCAGAAGAGUUGUUGAAUUCCCUUAAUGAUAAUUCAGUUGGUGUGGAUGGUCCCGCCCGUAUUGAAGACCACUUCACAGCAUUGAACUUAAGGUGCAUUGAACGUAUCUAUGGUGACCACGGACUGGAUGUGAUGGACAUUUUGCGGAGAAACCCGUCUCUUGCGCUGCCUGUUGUGUUAACCCGCUUGAAGCAGAAACAGGAGGAGUGGACGAAAUGUCGCUCAGACUUCAACAAAGUUUGGGCUGAAAUUUAUGCUAAGAACCAUUACAAGUCGCUUGACCACCGAAGUUUCUAUUUCAAGCAACAAGAUUCAAAGGACCUUAGCACAAAAUCCUUACUGGCGGAGAUCAAAGAAAUUAAGGAUAAAAAGCAGAAAGAAGAUGACAUGAUUCUUGCUAUUGCUGCUGGUAGUAGACAUCCAAUAAGUCCUCAUCUUGAUUUUGAAUUUGCUGAUCCUGAAAUUCAUGAAGACCUGUACAAACUUAUCAAGUAUUCUUGCGAAGAGGUUUGUUCCACAGAGGAGCAAUUAAAUAAAGUACUGAGGUUAUGGACCACCUUUCUUGAGCCAAUCUUUGGUGUUACUUAUCGUCUUCAUGGCUCUGAGACUACUGACGAUGAUGUCUUGUCGAAGCAUCUUGGUUUGAAGAACAAUGGAACUAGCAUUGGCGAAAGUGAUGGAAGUCCUCGUGCAGAUGCUACCACUACUAAGUCUAAGCAAUCGAAAGUUGUCUGCAAUGGAGAUGCUAAUUCCUCUCCUCAACGAGUAAAUUCUUCCAGGACAAGCUUCACAAAUACAGAUGCUCACCCCAAGGAAGAUGGAUUAGCGGCAGCUGGUGAACACUUAAUUAGUUCUGAUGCAGCUACUGCCCUCGGAGCAGAUAAUGUUUGUGCAAGAUUGGAAAGUACUUCAGGGCGCAGUACACGACCUAGUAAUGGCACUGCUGAGGAUGGCCAAGGAGCCAAGUCUAAUACUGAUAACAUACCAACUUCCGAGUGUGACACUUCAAGAUCACUUCCCUUGGUAAAUGGCGGGUUUGCUGAAGGUUCUAGAAUCAAUGGGUAUAAUGCUGAUUCAGUUGAUCCCUCCAAACAUGAGAAGGAAGAAGGUGAGCUGUCGCCUAAUGGGGACUUUGAAGAGGACAUUUUUGGUUUUCGAGAUGGUGCCUCCCGUAAUAGAAGUAUGCAAUAUCAAUCUGGGGGUGCUGAAGUUGUUGGUCGUCAGGAUGCUGCUGGCGAUAACGAUGCAGAUGCUGAUGAUGAAGAUAGUGAAAAUGUUUCUGAGACAGGAGAAGAUGUUUCAGGUAGUGAGUCCGCUGCUGAUGAGUGCUCUCGGGAGGAGCAUGAGGAAGAAGAUGAUGGAGAGCAUGAUGAGCUUAAUGGUAAAGUUGAGAGUGAAGGUGAGGCUGAGGGCACGAGUGAAGCAAACUUUGUUGGAGGUGAUGGCACUGUGUGUCAAAUGUCUGAACGGUUUUUGCUUACUUCGAAGCCUCUUGCUAAACAUGUGGCUUCACCUCAAUUUGGGGGUGUCAAGAGCGACCUGCAGGUCUUUUAUGGAAAUGACGAUUUCUACGUGCUUUAUAGGCUUCAUCAGAUUUUGUAUGCAAGGUUAUUAUCUGCAAAGUGGAAUGCAACAUCAUCUGAAUCAAAGUGGAGAACUGGAAAGGAUACUGGCUCUGAUCCCUAUGCCAGAUUCAUGAGUGCACUGCAUAGUUUGCUAGAUGGAUCUGCAGAUAAUGCAAAGUUUGAGGAUGAAUGCAGAUCAAUCAUCGGGAAUCAGUCGUAUGUGCUAUUUACUAUGGACAAACUGAUAUAUAAACUGGUUAAGCAGCUUCAAACUGUUUCAAGUGACGAGCUGGACGGCAAGCUGCUUCAGUUAUACGAAUAUGAAAAAUCGCGGAAACCUGAGAAGUAUGUUGAUUCAGUUUAUUACGAAAAUGCUCAUGUCCUCCUCCAUGAGGAGAACAUUUACCGGUUUAAUUGUACAUCUUCCCCGACUCGUCUGUCCAUCCAGUUGAUGGAUGAUGGAAGCGAGAAGUCUGAAGUUGUUGCAGUUUAUAUAGACCCCAGUUUUGCUGGUUAUCUGCAUAAUGAUUAUCUUUCUGUUGAACAUGGGAAGAAAGAGUCGUCCGCAGUUAUGCUAAAGAGAUCUGUGAGCAGAAACAAGAGAAAGCGCACCGACCAUGACGUACCUUCUGCCCUGUGCAUGGUGAUGGAAAAUAUUAUACUCGUAAAUGGUUUGGAAUGUAAGAUGGCUUCGAAUUCAUCAAAGAUUUCUUAUGUACUGGACACAGAGGAUUUCUUUUACCGUCUUGGAAGGAAAAGAAGAAACAUUUCUGCUAGCAGAUUAUCAUGUCAUGGCCAGGCGAGAGUAGAACGCUUUCAACGUGUUUUGACGUCCUCAUUAUGAUGAUGAGUGACCUCCUUGUUUUGGUAAAUAUGUUGCAAUCAAGAUAGUCUUGGUUUCUUUGGUACAACUUACUUGACCCAACUGGUUGCACUCGGUGGCGGAAUUCUCUCGAAUUGACUUCACCCUCGGAGCAAGGAUCGAGUCGUGGAUGUUCUCGUUAAUUGUAUUAUACUGGUCAAUGGCAAUCAAGCCGUUUUCUUGUAAAUAUGGGUUUCCCUCGUGAUGUUAAAUUGUUAAUUGUAGAGUUGUGUUUAUUGAAUUGUAUCGCUUCCAUGGGAGCGCAAAGAAGCCUAGAGUGCUUCUCCUCAGCAGCAGUCUGUUCAAGCGUCCCCUGUGAAGUGAACUAGGUGAAAGUGGUAUAGUGGAAAGGCUUAUAUUAGAUAUUUCAGUGGGUUUUAGUCCCUAAUCUUGUACAUAAUACAUAUUCCAAUUCCUGAACUAUGCUAAACAUAAGUGAGAUUUGUUCCCUUCUUGGCAAGGUGUUUAGUUUAAUCAUUCAUUUAUGUA